AUGGAGCCGAGAUUGAAUCUCGCGGCCGCUUCAUUGAUCCUAGGGUCUCUAGUCAGAGAUCCAAUGCGUCUAUUACCAAGGGGCCAAAUUGAUCACAAAACAGACUACAGUAAGCAACGAUUCUAUGGAGACUAUGAAUCAAUUCUUUCAAUGACACGUCAUGAGGUAUCCCUUCUUUGGAUUAUGGAAGAAUGGACUAAGACCCUUGUCAGUAGAAAGAGUGAGAUGUCGUCGUCGUCUAGAGGAGGAGGAGGAGGAAUGGGGAUGGAUCAGGCGGCGGCAGGGGUGGGGACGGGAGCGACACCACCGCAGAUUCAACGGAGGAUAACGAGGACGCAGACAGCAGGAAAUCUUGGCGAGUCGAUAUUUGAUAGUGAAGUAGUGCCGUCUUCACUUGUUGAGAUCGAGCCGAUUCUUCGUGUUGCUAAUGAAGUUGAAUCUAGCAAUCCUAGAGUUGCUUAUCUUUGUCGAUUUUAUGCUUUUGAGGAAGCUCAUAGGUUGGACCCUACUUCUAGUGGACGAGGUGUUCGUCAAUUUAAAACUGCACUUCUUCAACGUCUCAAAAGGGAGAAUGAUCCAACCUUGAUGGGAAGGGUUAAAAAUAGCGAUGCAAGAGAAAUGCAGAGUUUUUAUCAGCAUUACUGUAAUAAAUAUAUCCAAGCAAUGCAACAUGCUGCGGAUAAAGCUGACCGCGCCCAGCUUACCAAGGCAUACCGGAUUGCUGAUGUGCUGUUGGAGAUUUUAAAGGUCCUCGACGGGGGAAUGGUUUUCUAUAUCUUGACCAGCAUAUGUUUACUUGAACGGAAUACGGCAUCAUAUAAUUUCUUACUUACCAUUGGCUGGGGUGAGAAAGGACCAGAUGGACUAGCUGGUCCUGAAGAAUGA